AAAGCAUGUUAAGCUCAAUUUUUUGUUUUUAAGAGAACUACUGACAUCCUUUUCCAAAAGAAGUCUGAGGAGUGCACAGGUUAUUUAAGGGUCUGACUUCACUAUAAAAUGAAGUGGUUUAAGCUGAGGGCAUUGUAAGUAAUGCUUGGUUUAGAAUGUCAUUGUUAGGGAUGGUGAUGAAAGUAGGCUACUGUAGAGUACCUUUUUCAAUGGUUCAGUAAUAAACUCAAUAAGCAUACCUGAUGAAGUCCUCAGAAAAUUUUGUUUUAAUGCAUUACAGUCAUGCUAUUGCUAUAUUUAGAUUGGAGGAUAGUUUUUCAUAUUUCUAGUGUUUCUUGUCCCGUUUGGUGGAUUGCCAGAAAUGCCAUACUUGGGUGAGUAAGAAAAAGACACUAACUGUGAUAAUUGUAUAUAUUAUACAGUUCUCUAUAUUUUUUUGAUAUAAUCUUUGACUCGUGUUUACGCUUAGAGAAUGUGUGGAGAAAUUACAGCUACUAAAGACUCCUGAGGAGCGUCAACGAAGGCUAGAGGAGAUUCCAGAAAUACAUGCUGACCCAAAUAUGGAUCCAAGUUAUGAGUCUGAAGAAGAUGAAGAUGAAACAAAUGAUAGGAGAAAUGAUAACUAUAUGAGGCCAAGAGGCAGUAGCUUUAGCAGGAGAGGGAAGGAGGCAGUUUCUCCCCAGAAAGGAGGCUUUGGUUUGAGUGACUCUUGGAGUGGGACAAGAAAUUAUUCAAGCACAAAUCAAGAAAUAAGCAGAAACCUCUCUGGUAAAGGUAUCUCAAGCAAGUAUGAUUCUGUUGGAACAGGUGAGAUGGGGAAUGAAAAUUUAUGGAUUUUAGGACAGGAAAGAGAAACACAACCAAACACUUGGGAUAAGCCGAAAACUCCUGUGGAGAUUGGUGCUUGGAAUACCCAGUCUAUCAUAAUGCCAGAAUCAUCUUCUAAUAUUGUGUCAGAAGUUUCACCUGCAUCCCCACCUCCACCUCCUUCUGGAGUAACAAGUGCUGGCCAAAUUAAUGAAACAGAGAAAAUGUGGCAUUAUCAAGAUCCAUCUGGAAAGGUUCAAGGACCAUUUUCAAUGUCGCAAGAUGACUCUAUACUUCUAACUGAUGCAUUGGCUGGAAAGUUUCCAAAGGACACUAAGUUGGUGAAUGACACCUUCCCCAAGACUCAUGUGGCUUCUUAUUCUGGGAACCCUCUUCACACACUGUUGCAACAAGGAAUAGAAGGUCCAACUGUUGAGAGAUCGAGGUUUGAUCAGAAUCAUGCAGCUUGGAGUCCGCAUCGCACCCUGGGCUCUUUAGGCCAAUCAGCAGGAGAAGGUUGGAAAUCUCAACCCGAAGACCAUUCUUCCACUGGCCAUGCUGCAUCUACACUUGAGGUCCCAAACCAUUCUCAAGAUGGACGGGGUUCUGAAAUAAAUCUUCCCUCUCCCACUCCAAGCCAAACGGCUACAGGUGGGACAAGGGGACAAACCUUGGAGAGUAAAUUGUCACCUAAAUCCAUUCAGCCGUCUGGUUCUCUUUCUGUAGUCAAUCUAUUCCGAGGAGAUGCUGGGGGUUUGCAACGUCUUGCUGUUGGGUUUUCAGAGAGUGGGAGUUCAGCACCUAAGUCUGAAACAAAUAUGCUGUUGAGCUCUGCAAAUGCUCCUCAAAUGCAUUCACAACUGAUGGUGUCAAGUGAAUCACAAAGGAUGCAGGUCAAUGCUCAGAGCUCCCUUAAUUCAGGUGCUGUUGAUAUGAAAAAUGCAGGUGCAUCUUUUCAAAACUUAGUUCAACCUGCAAGUAUUCAUACAGCUGUUGACACUCAUAGAUGGGGUUCUGGCUCAGUGUCAAGGGCAGAUAUCGUUGCUCCAAGCUCUGUACCAACUGCAGCUGGAGUUCAAGCCUGGGGAAGUGCUUCAACCCAAAAGCUAGAGCCCAAUACUUCACUUUCUACACCUGCUCAAUCUGUUACUUAUGGUCACUGGAAUAAUGCUUCAUCUUCUGGCCACAAUUCUUCUACAUCUUUUGGCAAUGGAAAUCCAGCUGGAAGUUUCCCUGUCCCAGGCCAAAUGGGUUUGCCUGCAUCUGAUUCUUGGAGGCCUCCACUUCAAGGUCAGCCAAACGCUCAGCCUCAUACUCUGCCAAACCUAUCUUGGGGCAUGGGUGUUACGGAUAACCAAAAUGCUGCUCCAAGUCUGGUGGCUGGGAGUCAGAACCCUGGUUGGGGGCCAAUGCCUGGAAACCCAAACAUGGGAUGGGUGGCACCUCUAACCAUGAAUACAAAUGUCAACUGGGGAACUAAUAAUCAGGGGUCAGCUCCGGGAAAUACAAACCAAGGCUGGGCUACAACGGUGCACGGACAACUGCCUGGAAAUGUAAAUUCAGGUUGGGUUGCGCCGGGGAACCUAAUGCCAGGACGGAUACCAACUGGUCAAGCCCCACCAUUUGGUAAUGCAAGUUCAGGAUGGAUAGCUGCACCUGGUCAAGGGGCAGUACCGCUAAAUGCAAAUCCUGGUUGGGCAGCAGCACAGAACCCCGGGAAUACAGCAAUGUGGGGAAACGAACAGAAUCCCAACGGUGAUAGGGGCUCCCAGGGUGGAGAUUCUGGAUAUGGUGGGGGUAAACCUUACAAUCGACAACCAUCAUUUGGCAGUGGAGGAGGUUCGUCCAGGCCUCCUUUGAAUAAAGGACAGAGAGUGUGCCAAUACUAUAAAAAUGGUCAUUGCAAAAAAGGGGCUCAAUGUGAUUAUCUUCACCCUUAAAUUUUGCCAAUCUAGAGCAGUAGUACCCUUGUGUACAGUAAUCUUAAUUUACAGAAUUUCAGCAUUAGAUAUUCUAUUUAUGCUUUGGUAGUUUAGUAGCAUCUCUUCGUCAAGCCUUGGUUCUUAGUGUGCUCUGGGAUAAAUAUCUCACACUGCAGGAAAUCAUUUAUAUCAUUGUGUGAGUAGAAUGAAGAUGCAAGCUGAAAUAAUAUAAGAGGGGAAUGAUGGAUGCUACUAUUUUCUCCCUUUUUUACUGCCAAUUUUUUUUAAUUAAGCGCGAUAAUGGAUUAUACAAGAGCUAUAUUCAUCUUUCUCAAAUGACACUGGGCAUUUUAAAUUUAGAGUUGGAAAAUGAUUAGGGAAUAAAUUUUUUUAUUUAAU